AUGACUCUUGCUCAAGUUAAUAAUCAUUUAGAUCGUGGUUGUAAUUUGAAAACUAGCUCACAUCUUUCGUCAGGAGAAGAAGACAAGCUUCGCGAAUGCUCACCUCAAAAAUUGUCACACUCAUCUAAUCAACUUCAUUUAACCGAUAAUAAGCCUGAAAAAGACAAACGCUUGCCAAAUACGUUUCAAUUAGAUAAAACAACUGAAAAACGACCCUUCUCAUCCUUAAUACCACCUGAUUCAUACAAAAACGAUACAAAUUCUUCUUCUAAACACAGAAAACUUGGAGCAGAGCACAUUUCCACUAGUCCCUCAUCAAAAUUUCAGUCCCCUUCUAAAAGCAAAUCAAAAAUCCUUAAAAAAAGCAACGAUUUUGGAGAUAAACCUUUAGCUGAAUUGAUAAGGCCUAAAACAUUAGACGAAUUUAUAGGCCAGGAAGAUUUGGUUGGAAAACUAGACACUGGCUUAGGUGAAAGAUCCAAAAUAGGGAUAUUAAGACAAUUCAUAGAAGGAGACAAAGUUCCAUCUAUGAUAUUGUGGGGGCCAUCUGGAGUCGGUAAAACUACUCUUGCAAGAAUAAUAGCUCACAAAACAAAAUCUCGAUUUAUAGAGCUUUCGGCAACAAUUCAUGGAACUUCGGACUGUAAAAAGAUAUUCGAAGAGGCAAAAAAUGAAAAAAGGUUAACAAAACGACGAACUAUUAUAUUUCUUGACGAAGUUCAUCGGUUUAAUAAGGCACAGCAAGACGUUUUUUUACCGCAUGUCGAACGAGGUGACGUGACAUUAAUUGGUGCUACGACCGAAAAUCCUUCGUUUAAGAUCAAUGGGGCACUGCUCUCACGAUGUAGAGUGUUUGUUCUCAAAAAGUUAACUCAAAAAGAUCUUGAAAAAAUGAUGAAAAGAGCUGUUGAACUUGUCAAUAAAGAAUAUAAACAGACAUAUGACGCCACUGAGGCAGACAGCAACCAAGAACGAUACCCAUCAGUUGAAUUAAAGUUAAGUGAUGAUAUUAUUAAAUAUUUGUCAGGCCUUGCAGAUGGUGAUGGUCGUGUAGCACUUAACAUUUUGGAAAUGGUAAUAAACAUGUCAACCACGCUUUCAAACAAUGACAGCGUAAACAGAAACAUGCCACUGAAAACUUUUAAACAAUUGACAGUAGAUGAAGUUCGAGAUGGGCUUAAGCGAACACAUAUGCUUUACGAUAGAAAUGGUGAUGGCCAUUAUGAUACCAUUUCUGCAUUUCAUAAAAGCGUUAGAGGGUCUGACCCAGAUGCAGCAUUGUAUUAUCUUGGUCGUAUGCUAGAGUCUGGUGAGGAUCCUUUGUACGUGGCUCGUAGAAUGGUAAGAAUGGCUUCUGAAGACAUUGGACUUGCCGCAGACGAUUGCCUUCCUUUUGCUGUAGCUACCAUGACAGCAGUCCAACAAAUUGGUAUGCCCGAAGCUGAUGUUGUAUUGGCACAUUGUGCCGUAAAGCUCGCGACGGCACCCAAAUCAGUAAUGGUUUACAGAGGUUAUAACAAAGUCAAAGACCUUCUUCAUAAUGAGCCAGGAAUAAGUGCAAAGGAAAUUCCCCUUCAUAUCCGUAAUGCACCAACCAAACUAAUGAAAACUUUAGGGUAUGGAAAAGAAUAUAAAUACAAUCCAGAUUUUAUAGACGGAAAAGUUAAACAAAAUUACAUGCCCGAAGGACUUGAGGAACUUAAGUUUAUCGAUUUCAACCAUCAUCUUGGAUCUCGACUUGAUCCAGAAUUGGAAGACGAUAAACUGACUGAAGUAAAAAUAUAA